AUGAGUACCUUAUCUUGGAACUGUCGUGGCUUGGGCAAUCCACGAACAGUUCGAGAGGUGACGGAUCUUGUGUCUCGUAAGAAGCCUGAGUUCGUGUUCUUGAUGGAAACAAAGGUGGGAUGGCUGCAUGCAGAGCGUCUCAGGGUCAAACUGGGGUUUGACGGAUUGUUUUAUGUUGAUAAUGAUGGUAUGGCAGGGGGCCUCGCCCUGCUUUGGAAGAAAAAUAAUACGGCUCGUUUAUUGAGUUAUUCUAAAAAUCAUGUGGAUGUGGAGGUUAGCAGUGCGAAUGGUAAGGUGUGGCGUAUGACAUGUUUUUGUGGCCAAUCGGACAGGAAUAUGAGGACUGAGUCUUGGGAUCUGCUGCUAACCUUGAGUACUAGAUCACAGCUGCCCUGGAUAGUUAUGGGUGAUUUUAAUGAUUUGUUAUAUCAGCAUGAGAAGAGAGGAGGAAACCCACACCGAAACAAUCUGCUUCGCUGGUUUGGGGAGGUUAUUGAUGGUUGUGCACUGACACAGUUGCCUAUGUCUGGCUACCGUUUUACCUGGGAAAUGGGAGAGGGCACGGAUAUGUGGAUUGAAGAGAGGCUAGACAAAGUUCUCGCAACGGAUAGGUGGCAUGAUAUGAAUGGGGAUGCGGGUGUGGAAAAUAUACGGACAAGGAAUUCGGAUCACUUGACCCUGUUUCUAAGAAUUGAUGUGGCCAACGUGACAAGGAAUAGACCGAGAGGGUUCAGGUUUGAGAUGGCCUGCCUGCUGGAUGAGGGCUGUAGGGAGGUGGUUGAGACUGCCUGGCAGGAUGGGAGGACGGAAGGGCUGUUGGAUUGUCAGCAGUAUUGUGGACACAGGUUGAUGCGGUGGGGAGGUGACCACUUUCAUAAUUUUGGGGACCGCAUUAAACGGCUCAGGGAGAGGCAGGAGCAGAUACGGAGCAGAAGGGACCCGGCUGCAUUGGCCGAGUUCCAGCACAUUGAGACACAGCUCCGCCAGUUGGAGGUGUAG